GGGGGAGGGCGGGCGGGAGCGGGAGUGGGAGGCCUGAGUGGCUGUGCAACACGCCGCUGCUCGCUCGCGUCGCGGUCACUCUGACGCACGCGAACCUGUUGAGCGCACGUCGUCUUGGGCUCCAAAAGCAAAAAGCAGAAAGAAGACGACGGAGGAGGAGAAGAAGGAGGAGAAGAAGUUUUGGGGCCGAGUUGCGGCGGAUGUCGGCCGCGCGUUAACCGCCUCUGUGUCUCGUGUGUGCGCAGGUGAGAGCUUUGUGGAUUUAAGCGCAAAGGCGACAGAGCGAGCGAGAAGCCCAAAAAAGGCGGAUUUUGCCGUGCCGGGACAUUUAGAAGAAGAAGAAGAAGAAGAAGACGACGACGACGAGGAGGAGGAGGAGGAGAGGUGGAGGAGAUGGAGGUGAGCGCGGAGCAGCCCCGCUGGAUGAGCCACCACCCGGCCGUGCUGAACGAGCAGCAUCCCGCCUCGCACCACCCGGGCCUGGGCCACUCCUACAUGGAGCCGGCGCAGUACCCGCUGGCCGACGAUGUGGAUGUACUCUUUAACAUCGACGCGCAGGCCAACCACGUCUCGCCCUACUACGGCAACUCGGUGCGGGCCGUGCAGAGGUACCCGCCGCCCCCGCACGGCGCUCCGGUGUGCCGGCCGUCGCUGCUGCACGGCUCGCUGCCGUGGCUGGAGGCGGCCGGCGGCAAAGGCCUGGGCGCGCACCCCGGCGCGUCCCCGUGGAACCUGAGCCCCUUCCCCAAGAGCCCGCUGCACCACCACCACCACCACCACGGCUCCCCGGCCGGCCUGGCCGUCUACCCGCCGGCGGCGUCGUCGUCGUCGUCCUCGUCGUCGUCUUCGUCAUCGUCGUCGUCGUCGUCGCUGUCCGGGGGCCACUCCAGCCCGCACCUGUUCACCUUCCCCCCCACCCCGCCCAAGGACGUGUCCCCGGACCCGGGCCUGUCCGCGCGCCCGGAGGACAAGGAGUGCGUCAAGUACCAGGUGACGCUGGCCGACAGCAUGAAACUGGAGACGGCGCACGGCCGCGGAGUGGCGGCGGCGCUGGGGCCGGGGCCCGGGCCGGGGCCGGGACCGGGACCGGGACCGGGGCCCCCCGUCUCGGCGGCGGCGGCGGCGGCGGCCCACCACCACCACCACCACCACCACCACCACCCCAUCGCCACUUACCCACAAUAUGUCCCCGAAUACGCGCCGGGCCUCUUCCCACCAAGUAGCCUGAUAGGUGGGUCCUCUUCUAGUUAUGGUUCCAAAACAAGACCAAAAACAAGGUCCUGUUCAGAGGGCAGGGAGUGCGUGAACUGCGGCGCCACGUCGACCCCGCUGUGGCGACGGGACGGUACGGGCCACUAUCUGUGUAACGCCUGCGGCCUGUACCACAAGAUGAACGGCCAGAACCGGCCCCUCAUCAAGCCCAAGCGGCGGCUGUCGGCGGCCAGGCGCGCGGGCACGUCGUGCGCCAACUGCCAGACGACCACCACCACGCUGUGGAGGCGCAACGCCAACGGCGACCCGGUGUGCAACGCCUGCGGACUCUACUUCAAGCUGCACAAUAUCAACCGACCUCUGACCAUGAAGAAGGAAGGCAUCCAGACGCGCAACCGCAAGAUGUCCAGCAAGUCCAAGAAGAGCAAAAAGUCCCUGCAGGACGGCGCCAUGGACGACUUCUCCAAGAGCCUGAUGGACAAGAGCAGCUCGUUCAGCCCGGCCGCCCUCUCCCGCCACAUGUCCUCCUUCCCGCCCUUCUCGCACUCCGGCCACAUGCUCAGCACCCCCACGCCCAUGCACCCCUCCUUCGCGCCCCACCACCCGUCCAGCAUGGUGACGGCCAUGGGCUAGACGCCGCUUUACCCCUGCGCCGGUCCAGCCGCAAAACUUGAAUUGAGGCAACUGGACGCUUCCUGGUUGUUGAAGACGCUUCGCCUCCAAUCGGUAUGACAUUUUCAACCCCAGGAGUAGAAACGCUGACAAAACCGCCUCAGAAGGUUUUGGUCCAAAGAGGAGGUUCAAAUCCCAAGCAGAGGUUUCAGAGCCGCCAGUAUGUACAAGUCGGAACGAAGGUCCUAAACCUGAGACGAGGUUCGAGUGUUGUUGAUGUUCGAGGUUUUUGUCCUGAGAGAAGAUAUUAGUCCUUUGAGAUGGACCUAGUCCCGAGAGGAGGUUCUAGCCCCGGGAGAAGGUUUUAGACCCGAGUGUAGGCACUAGUGAAUGAGCCCACUGGUGGUUCACCUGUUCGGGGGCAAAAUGGCCGCUUUUUCGAUGGACCGAAACAUUUUGAGGAGGCGGGAAAGAUGUCGGCAGGACAUUGUUGGAAGUUCGCACGAUUCCACGGCGAAAUAUUUCAAAGCCGAGAAGCCUUUUGUCUUCGACGUCUUCAACAACCAACGAGGGUCCGGUCUCCUCCAAUCGACUUUUUGCGGACUACCUUGACCGGGACGACUGAGAAUCUUCAGUCGAUCUUAUUUUUAUAAAAUCAAAGAGGGAAACGGACUCGAACCGCUCGGACACUCCGUUCUCCCUCGGAUAAGGGUCUCUCUCUCCAUUUGUGUACAAAAAAGAUCCCAAAAGCUGACAAAAACUUCCCGGUGCGGCACCUGCGUAACGGGGCGUUUGUACAAAUUGUCUGAAAUCCGUUUAACCAGAUCAAAAAAAGGACACUUGACCGAGGGUACGAGGAGGCGAGGACGCAGGCCACAAGUCCGUGUAAAGAUAACGUUCGCGCCUUUCCUUUUAUUUUUGGAUGUGCUUUAAGUCUCGGCCUGUUGCUUUGUGUUGACACACGCGCACACACACGCACACGCACGCACGCACGCACGCACGCACACACUUGACAGAUGAUGAUAUGCAUUGUGAAAAAAAAAGUUCCUGUAUUUGUUCUUUGUAUGUAAAAAAAAAUCAGAGUACCAAAAAUACGAAAGAAACAAAGAUGUAGAAUUAUUUCUUUAUGUUAUGCAGACUGAAUGGUUGUAAAAAAAUGGAAUAAUAAUAAUCACUAGUGUAAAAUAUGGCUGCUUUUUUGGGUUGUUUUUGUUUGAUAAACCCUACCCGAGUCUCCCCUCCCUCUCCCUCUCCCUCUCUCUCUCUCUCCUUCCCUUGUUUCAAAAUAAUAAAACUAGUUGAAUCUCUGUUGACAUGUUA